AUGGAGAAGGUUUCAAGUCCAUGCAAUAUUGAGUUACAUGCACCAGAAAUUGUGUUCUUUGAUUUAGAAACUAACGUGCCAAAAAAAAUUGGACAACAAUUCUGGGUCCUCGAAUUCGGCGCAAUUGUAGUCAGUGCUCACAAACUCAACGAAAUCGAGAGCUACACAACAUUGAUAAGGCCAAAAGAUUUAUCUGUUGUGCCAGUGAAAUCUAGCAGAAUCGGUGGAAUAACACGAGAAGCUGUGAAAAUUGCACCAUCUUUUGAAGAUGUUGCAGAGAGGAUAUUCAGUAUUUUGAAUGGAAAGGUUUGGGCUGGUCAUAACAUUCAGAGAUUUGAUUGUGUUCGUAUCAAAGAAGCUUUUGAUGGUAUCAAUAGGGCUGCACCUGUGCCUGUUGGAAUCAUUGAUUCUUUGGUUGUUCUUACUGAGAAAUUUGGAAGAAGAGCUGGUAAUAUGAAGAUGGCAACUUUGGCUUCUUAUUUUGGCUUAGGAGAACAAAAGCAUAGGAGUCUAGAUGAUGUUAGGAUGAACUUGGAGGUUGUCAAGCACUGUGCAACAGUGUUGUUUCUGGAAUCUAGUCUACCAAAUACAUUGCAUAACAAUGAUAAAAGCAAAUGGUAUGGGUCUUCUAGCAUUGUUACAAGAAGCAAAACAAAUGGAAAAUCACCAUGUAGAGAAGAGACAAGUAGAAAAUCUCCUCCAACUUCAUUUUCAUAUCCAAGGACAGUUCCAUAUGCUAGGGGUAGUUUGGGAAAGGUGGCUGAAAGAAUGAAAGGGUUGUUGUGUAAAGCACAAGGACAACCACCAUUACAACAAUUAUUGAAGCAUUCUCAUUCAUUGCUUAGGUGA